AUGUCAUUUCAGGCAAUCCAAAAAUCAACUACAGAUCAAGAAAGUAAAACAAAUGUCACAUCAAAAGGAAGGACGUCAGACGUGGAUGACUUCGGGGAGUCCGAUGAAGAGCCUUUGAAGAAGAGAACAGAGGCAGAAGAUACCGAAGCAAAGAAAUACAAGCCCAAGGGGAGGAGAAAAAAGAAAAAUAAGACUGAGGACUCGAAACCCAAGAAAGCUAAAGGCAAGAGGGAGAAGCCUCCAGGAGUGGUGGAGCACCCUCGCGUGCUGAGGAAGCUGGAGCAGCUGAAUGUGCCGCGCGGACGGGUCGAGAUGGUCGUGCUGAGCUGGGAAGAGGUGGAGCAAGAGAGACAGAAAGCCUUACAGAGCGAGUCUUUCACUCGGCACGAGUACCGCUGCGCCUUGUGCGCGCUCGGCUUCAACCACCGCUUCAAGCUGCUCAACCAUAUGAAGAAACACGAGCCCUCUGCGGGCGCGCUGGCGUGCCACGCGUGCGGCACGCGCUGCCGGGACGCGCACGCGCUUACUGCGCACAAACGCAGGCAUCGCGUCAGAUGGCGCUGCACAGUGUGCGGCGAGCUUAGCUCCCGCGCGGCGGUGGCGGCGGAUCACCACGCGCGCGCGCACGGCAGUCAAACUCCCACACACACCUGCAGCCUGUGCGGACACACCGCGCCGACUUUAGGCAAGCUGCGGAAUCACAUGAAGAAUCACUCGGAAAGACCGAAGUGCGACCUCUGCGGGAAAACGUUCCGGGACAAAGCCUCCCUGCGGACACAUUUGUUCAUCCACGGCGGCGAGAAGGAGUACGCGUGCGGGCGCUGCGGCAAGCGGUUCCUGUUCAAGAAGGCCAUGCAGCUGCAUCUCGUCACGCACGACGCGCCCGCCCAUCUCUACUGCCAUCAGGUCAGCUACUGCCAUCAGGUCAGCUACUGCCAUCAGGUCAGCUACUGCCAUCAGGUCAGCUACUGCCAUCAGGUCAGCUACUGCCAUCAGGUCAGCUACUGCCAUCAGGUCAGCUACUGCCGUCAGGUCAGCUACUGCCGUCAGGUCAGCUACUGCCGUCAGGUCAGCUACCGCCGUCAGGUCAGCUACUGCCAUCAGGUCAGCUACUGCCAUUAG